UGGGUCUAACCUCAAAUGGUACAGCACAUGCAGAUUCCUUCCCUGGACGUACAUUCUGCUCAAUGCUUGCCAUUUCACGCAGGUGUAUAUCACCUCUUGAUUAUAUAUAUAUAUAUAUGCUUGCAAUUUCAUCUCCAACUUCUAACAUCCUUUUUUUUAGUGAUUCUCAAGGUGGUUGCCACUUUGUUGAAGAAUUCAACCCCAAGCACCGAACUGAUGGAAGUUCGGCGACUGUUUUUAUCAGAUAUGAUAAAACUGUUCAGUAAUAGCCGGGAAAAUAGAAGAUGCCUCUUGCAGUGUUCAGUCUGGCAAGACUGGAUGUUCUCUCUUGGAUAUAUAAAUCCAAAGUGUUCAGAUGAACAGAAAAUUACUGAGAUGGUGUACAACAUUUUCCGUAUCCUUCUCUACCAUGCCAUUAAAUAUGAGUGGGGCGGCUGGCGUGUUUGGGUCGAUACUCUGUCAAUAGCACAUUCCAAGGUCACCUAUGAAGCUCACAAAGAAUAUUUGGCCAAGAUGUAUGAAGAAUAUCAAAGACAAGAAGAAGAAAACAUCAAAAAAGGGAAAAAAGGAAGCGUUAGUACAAUCUCCGGCCUGUCAUCUCAAGCAGUUGGAUCUAAAGGAGGCAUAGAGAUCAGAGAAAUCGAAGAUGCUUGCCAAAUUCAGAGCCCAGAGAGUGAAAUAGAUUACUCUGUCAAUACAGACUCUAAAAAUCUCUUAAUUGAAGCAAGAGUGUCUGGUAAUGGAGCAGAUAGUUCAGGCAGAUCAACAACUGGAGUUCAUGUGGAGGUUCAUGAUCUCUUGGUGGAUAUCAAAGCUGAAAAGGUAGAUGCCACUGAAGUGAAGCUGGAUGAUCUGGAUCUGUCUCCUGAGACGUUGGUAGCAGCAGAGAGUUGUAAUCUGGUGGAAGUAGAAUCACUGUUGGACAAUGUGUAUACCUCUGCUGUUGAGAAACUUCAGAGCAAUAUCACCAGCAGCUCCAUGACACAACAAAGGGAACAAAGAGACAGUGGUCCUUUGAUAUCUUUAGUAGAUGAAAAAGACGAUGAGCCAGUUAAUUGUACUUCAUUUAGUUUUGAUAAAGCAGCAAACCAUCAAGAAAAGCUAUUGCCUGAACUGCCAUCUGCUGAUAAUCUUUCUGUUGCAAAUGUAUCGGAGAAUCAAAUUCACACCAGUGCUACCGAUAACCUGGGGCUGUUGGCUCACAUGACGAGUAAUUCAGACAAUACUAGUCCAAAACCUAUAACUGAAGAUAAGAAAUUUAAAAUCUCAACCAAUCUGGAAGAAAUGUGUAUCUUGACUGAAGCAGAAGGAAUUGUUCCAAAAGUAUACGCUGAAAUGAUUGGUACACCAAUUGAUUCAGAACUAUCUUUGAAAAAGUCUAUUGGUAAUUUAGAUGCUUCCAGCAUGAUAUCCGAUACUGACAGAUCAGAUGAUGGAAAAGAAGCAGGGAAAGAAAUUAAAAAGAUUCAAACCACUGCAACAACCCAGGCUGUUCAAGGGCGAGCAAGUGGAUUACAAGAAAGGGAUCUACGUGUCGAUCUGGGUUUCCGAGGAAUGCCGAUGACCGAGGAACAGCGCCGGCAGUUUAGUCCAGGGCCACGCACCACAAUGUUUCGCAUCCCUGAAUUUAAGUGGUCUCCAAUGCAUCAACGCCUGCUGACAGAUCUGCUUUUUGCUUUGGAAACGGAUGUACAUGUUUGGCGGAGUCAUAGUACAAAGUCGGUGAUGGAUUUUGUGAAUAGCAAUGAGAAUAUUAUUUUUGUACACAAUACAAUUCACCUCAUUUCUCAGAUGGUAGACAACAUCAUCAUUGCUUGUGGUGGAAUUUUGCCUUUGUUGUCAGCGGCUACAUCCCCCACGGGUUCUAAGGCAAAUGCUGUGGAUUCCAGAGCCUCAGUGGACAAUGGGAGACUUCACAGCCCCGGUAAAUCACUUACUGAACUGGAGAAUAUUGAGGCAACCCAAGGAAUGUCAACCGAGACAGCAGUAACAUUUUUAAAUAGGUUAAUGGCCAUGGUUGAUGUGUUGGUCUUUUCAAGCUCACUCAACUUCAGUGAGAUCGAAGCAGAAAAAAAUAUGUCAUCUGGAGGUUUAAUGCGUCAGUGCCUGAGGCUUGUUUGCUGUGUUGCUGUUAGAAAUUGCCUGGAAUGCCGACAGAGACAAAGGGACAGGUUGACCAAAAUCUCACUGGCUAGCAAUAAAGUGCACGAAAAUCUUCAAAAUGUAACAGGAUCCAAGACUGGUGUUGAAAAUAUCAUUGGCAACCAUUCUCCAAUUAAAGACCCUGACAGAUUACUGCAAGACGUGGACAUUAAUCGUUUACGGGCUGUUGUCUUUCGUGAUGUGGAUGACAGUAAACAGGCUCAGUUUCUGGCUUUGGCCGUUGUAUACUUUAUCUCCGUGCUCAUGGUCUCAAAAUACAGAGACAUACUGGAACCGCAACGUGAAAUUGCAAGAUGUGGAAGUCAGAUAAAUCGAAAUAUUCGUCAGGAAAUAAACUCACCAACAAGUACAGAGAACCCUGUUACCUUCCCUGAGAACAGCAAAGAAAAAGAAAUCCUCACACCAAUUGAAGAUGUGCAGGUUGAAAGCUGUAUUCCACAUACUGACUCGGGCAUUGGAGAGGAGCAAUUAGCUGGUCUCAUGAAUGGUUCUGAUUUGGAACUAGUUGCUAGGUCAGAUGCAGUGAGUGAACUUCUAUCAUCCUUGUCCUCUGAAGUAAAGAAAUCGGAAGAAUGUUUGUCCGAAGCUCAAAUUGAAGUGCUGAAGCCCCCCUCGUCAAUAUCAAGCGUCAGCCAAGGGAAAGGCAUGAACGUGAAGGAGAUUCUGAAAAGCCUGGUUGCAGCACCCAUGGAAGCUGCAGAAUCUGGACCUGAACCUGUAUCGUAUCCUGACCCCACUGUGAAAAGAGAAGCACAACCUAUUCUUCCCAUGCAGUUCCAUUCCUUUGACAGGAGCGUUGUUGUUCCAGUGAAGAAACCUCCGCCAGGAAGUCUGGCCAUCAAUACAGUUGGUGGCACUGGCUCUGCCAAUCUUGUCACUGGGAGUGCAACAAACAUAAUUUCUCCUGCAGCGGCCACACCAAAAAGUAUGAUAAAUACCACAGGUGCAGCCGAGGCCGCCUCAAGUUCUUCCUCCUCUUCCUCCUCCAGUUUUGUGAAUGGUGCCACCAGUAAGAAUCUGCCUGCAGUGCAGGCUAUUGCUCCAAUGCCAGAAGAUUCAGCUGAGAGCUUGAGCAUCACAGCAAAACUAGAACGAGCCCUUGAAAAGGUUGCUCCACUGUUACGUGAGAUCUUUGUGGAUUUUGCUCCAUUCCUUUCAAGAACUCUGCUUGGCAGCCAUGGCCAAGAAUUGUUGAUCGAAGGCCUGGUGUGUAUGAAGUCUAGUACCUCUGUUGUGGAACUGGUUAUGCUACUGUGUUCACAGGAAUGGCAGAAUUCUAUUCAGAAGAAUGCAGGACUGGCAUUUAUUGAGCUCAUUAAUGAAGGAAGGUUACUGUGUCAUGCAAUGAAGGACCACAUAGUGAGAGUGGCAAACGAGGCAGAGUUCAUUUUGAACAGACAGCGAGCAGAAGAUGUACAUAAGCAUGCAGAAUUUGAGUCCCAGUGUGCGCAGUAUACGGCGGACAGAAGGGAAGAGGAGAAGAUGUGUGAUCAUCUCAUUAGUGCUGCAAAGCAUCGUGAUCAUGUUACAGCGAACCAGUUAAAGCAAAAAAUCCUCAACAUUCUUACAAACAAGCAUGGUGCAUGGGGCGCCAUCUCUCAGAGUCAGCAACAUGAUUUUUGGCGCCUGGACUAUUGGGAAGAUGACUUGCGUCGCAGACGCAGAUUCAUUCGGAAUGCCUUUGGUUCGAUACACCCUGAAGUCCUACUGAAAUCUGCAGAAGACUAUGUUGCAGACGAGGACAUUAUAAAGUCGAAGAAAACUUUCCGGGCGCAGACCGUUGUAAAUCAGAACGCCGAAACCGAGUUAAUGUUGGAAGGAGAUGACGAUACUGUCAGCUUGCUGCAAGAGAAAGAGAUCGACAAUCUAGCAGGCCCCGUUGUUCUCAGUACCCCAGCCCAACUAGUGGCUCCGGUGAUAGUUGCUAAAGGAACCCUAUCCAUCACUACCACUGAAAUCUAUUUCGAGGUCGACGAAGAUGAUCAUGGAUUUAAAAAAAUCGACCCAAAGGUCCUUGCUUACACAGAGGGUUUACAUGGAAAAUGGAUGUUCAGCGAAAUACGGGCUGUUUUUUCAAGACGGCAUCUCCUCCAGAACACAGCGCUGGAAGUUUUCAUGGCCAACAGAACGUCUGUGAUGUUUAAUUUCCCCGACCAAGCUACAGUGAAGAAGGCUGUAUAUAGUUUACCUCGUGUUGGAGUUGGCACCAGUUAUGGUUUGCCACAGGCCAGGAGAAUAUCAUUGGCAAGCCCUCGUCAGCUUUUUAAAUCCUCCAACAUGACACAACGUUGGCAAAGACGGGAGAUUUCAAACUUUGAAUACUUGAUGUUCCUCAACACAGUGGCAGGGCGGACGUACAAUGAUUUAAACCAGUACCCGGUGUUUCCGUGGGUUAUUACGAAUUAUGAGUCUGAGGAGCUGGACCUGACCCUACCAGGCAACUUCCGGGACCUAUCAAAGCCGAUUGGAUCUUUGAACCCAAAGCGAGCUGUCUUUUAUGCUGAGCGCUAUGAGACAUGGGAGGAUGAUCAAGUUCCACCUUACCACUACAAUACCCACUAUUCAACAGCAUCUACCACACUAUCCUGGCUUGUCAGAAUUGAGCCGUUUACCACAUUUUCCCUCAAUACCAAUGAAGGAAAAUUUGAUUAUCCGGAGCGAACGUUUUCCUCCAUUGCAAAGUCUUGGAGGAAUUGUCAGAGAGACACUUCAGAUGUGAAGGAGCUAAUUCCAGAAUUCUACUAUUUGCCCGAAAUGUUUGUGAACAGUAAUAAUUACAACCUCGGCAUCCGAGAGGAUGGAACAGUUGUUUCUGACGUUGAGCUGCCGCCAUGGGCAAAGAAGCCAGAGGAUUUUGUCCGCAUUAACAGAAUGGCUCUGGAAAGUGAAUUUGUGUCUUGCCAACUACAUCAAUGGAUUGACCUUAUUUUUGGCUACAAACAGCGAGGCCCAGAGGCAUUGCGGGCUCUCAAUGUUUUUCACUACCUGACCUACGAGGGCUCCGUCAAUCUUGACAGCAUCACCGAUUCCGGUCUGCGAGAGAUCGCCGAGACUUGUUGUGUUAAAGAUCCCUAUACCUUUCUCCUUACAUCGGAGCUUGUAAAGGCCAUGGAGGUACACAUACAGAACCUUGGACAAAUGCCAUCCCAGUUGCUUAUUGAGCCACAUCCACCCCGCAGCUCGGCCAUGCACCUGUGUUUCCUUCCACAGAGCCCACUCAUGUUUAAGGAUCAGAUGCAGCAAGAUGUUAUAAUGGUGCUAAAAUUUCCAUCCAACUCCCCUGUUACUCAUGUGGCAGCCAACACAUUGCCUCACCUCAGCACCCCUGCAGUGGUCACUGUGACCUGUAGCAGGCUGUUUGCAGUGAAUAGGUGGCAUAACACUGUAGGUUUGCGGGGAGCUCCGGGAUACUCUCUGGAACAGGCUCAUCAUUUGCCAAUUGAAAUGGAUCCAUUGAUUGCCAAUAACGCCAGUGUGAACAAGAGGCAGAUCACGGACCUUGUGGAUCAGAGCAUCCAGAUUAAUGCUCACUGCUUUGUUGUGACAGCAGAUAAUCGCUACAUCCUCGUCUGUGGAUUCUGGGACAAAAGUUUCCGUGUGUACUCAACUGAAACAGGAAAAUUAACACAGAUUGUGUUUGGACACUGGGAUGUGGUCACGUGUUUGGCCAGAUCAGAAUCAUACAUUGGUGGUGAUUGUUAUAUUGUAUCGGGUUCCCGUGACGCCACACUCCUGCUCUGGUAUUGGAGUGGCCGACAUCACAUCAUUGGAGACAAUCCCAACAAUAGUGAUUACCCUGCACCGCGAGCGGUGUUGACCGGACAUGACCAUGAGGUGGUGUCUGUAUCUGUGUGUGCCGAACUGGGCCUUGUCAUCAGUGGGGCCAGAGAAGGGCCAUGCCUGGUGCACACCAUCACAGGAGACCUGCUCAGAGCCUUGGAGGGCCCCGAGAACUGUAUCUACCCGCGACUCAUCUCUGUGUCCAGCGAAGGCCACUGUAUCAUCUACUAUGAACGAGGAAGGUUCUGUAACUUUAGCAUCAACGGCAAGUUGUUAGGGCAGAUGGAGACCAAUGACUCAACAAGAGCCUUACUUCUCAGCAGCGAUGGACAGAACCUGGUAACGGGUGGUGAUAAUGGUGUGGUGGAAGUCUGGCAAGCCUGUGACUUCAAACAACUCUAUAUUUACCCAGGAUGUGAUGCAGGUGUCAGAGCUAUGGAUCUCUCUCACGAUCAAAGGACAUUGAUAACCGGCAUGGCUUCGGGCAGUAUCGUAGCUUUUAACAUAGACUUCAACCGGUGGCACUACGAACAUCAGAACAGAUACUGAGCACACGUGAAGGAUAGGGUGAGGAGUGGUCUGCUGUCCCAGCUGAGACCACGAGUCGGGUGCAGGUAUUGGAAUGUAGUGCCCUCUGUUCUGCCCACUGUUACACAUUCCAUUACAUCCAGCAAUAGCUGUGCAUCCUAUUCUGUUCAUGUGGAAGCAAUCACAAUAAUUUUGUUUUCUUUCCUCCUAUCACUGAACACCAGCUUUAUCAAGAAAAAAAACCUCCUUAAUUUAUUAAUCAUUGAUAUAAGAUGGACAAUAUUAAUGUUGCGUAAUUAAUAUUUCUAACUAAUUCUAUCGACAAAAGUAUGUCAGGGACAAGUUUCUGAGUGUAUUCUGUUAUUCAUAUCCUUCACACUAAGCGAAGGCCUUUUAAAAAGAAAAAUAGCGACCGUCUUCUCCAUUUUAUCUAGUAUAAAGUAUUACGUUAAUACCUUUGAUAAAAAUAAAAUACCCAAGGUGGAUGUUUCUCAUCCAGUUUGCAGUUCCAUUGCACACAAGCUAUAAAGCCAGCAUCCCAGUCAUAAGGUAAAACUCAUCGCACUUGGUAGAACGUACUGGACAUUGAUUGGGCCUAACUUGGCGUAUAAUUUUACAGUGCAGCAUUCCCCAUUCUGUCCUGCACAGCCAAUUUACAAACACAGUCUGGUUUCUAGGCCCUGUUUGCACAUCUUCAUGAGAUGAACAUUGUCUCUUUAGCUUCAAACUACUUUUUCUGCUUUCCAUGUAAGUCACGAGAAUUAAUGUACCAUGCAUUUGUUUCCAGAGGUAAAAUUAGAUGCUUCUGGCGUAUAACUAAUUAAAUAUAUGCGGGGAUUAAAAAUCACCUCAUUUUGUUUCUUUUUUUUGUAUAAUUGGUGUCUGUUUUGUCGAAAGUCAUAGAUGUACAUACUACGUUGGUAGGGCUGAGAGGCAUGUAGCAGGAAUGUAGUUUUCUGGGAAAUUACACCCACACUGUUUAUUUAAAAAGAAAAGUUGGAUUCUUUGUAUUGGCACUUUGCACCAGAAACAUCAUUAUUUAUUGCUGUGAUUAUUGAUUUGUCAUCCACACUGUAAUAGUAAAUUUUAGCACUGAUCUAUUUACUUGCUGUUUGUAUUUAAACAAUUAAAACCAUGGAGAAAGUCUGACUGCGUGACUAUUAAGUUGUACAUCUCAUGUGAGCAAUAUUAUGAGUUUUUAGUCUAGAAUUGGGGGAGGGGAGCUAUCAUCUGGAAAACAAUUUCAUUUCAUCUGGAAAUCACAGUGAAAUAUUUUGGAUAUAUGAAAUCCUUGAGCUAUUGUAACGCUGUUUUAUGGCAACAAUGUAAGAUAUGCCAGAUGUGUAUCAAUUGGAAAUUAAAAUUGAAGAAAAUAAAAUAUGCAAAGCACUGA